AACUCACUGCGAUCGAUAGUGAAUUAUGUGAGGAGAGAGUGCGUUAAAAAAGUUGUAGAAAUGUGGAAAAAAUUCAAUAAGUAUUUUAAUGAUUACUGCGAACAUUCUAGUAUUAUUGGAUGCAAUUAUGUGGCAGAGAAACGAUCGAAGACUGAACGAUUCCUGUGGAUCACCCUUAUUGCCAUUGCAAUAGCUCUAUCAAUUUACUUUAUUAUGGAACAAUACUACAAAUAUGAUGAGAAUCCAUUUAUAGUUAGCUUUGCAACGAGAGAGAGGCCCAUAUAUACCAUACCAUUUCCAGCUAUAACAAUUUGCCCGUUCACAAAAGCAGACAAAAGUAUAUUUAACUACACAGAUGUUAUUCAUAGACUUUGGGACAAGAAACCAAUUUCUAAUUUUGAAAUGCAAACCACCCAAUACAUGACAUUGCUUUGUGACGGCGAUAAUGAUGUUGAUGAUAUUGAGGAUUUAUUGUUAGAAAACGACACUUUUACAAAUCAUUACUAUGAUAGACUUGAUGAGAUUGAUACAUUAGAAAAACUGGUAGAAGAAUUUAACUGUGACUUUAUGGGUGACUUUGAAGAUAGUUUUGAUUGCAAUGAAAUUUUUACUCCAAUAAUCUUGGAUGGAGGUAUAUGUUAUACCUUUAACAUGUUAAACAGAGAAGAAAUUUUCAGACCUAAAGUGUACCAAUAUAAUCAUAGCCACCAAGUUAAAUGGGAACCUAAAAGUAGUUGGAGUGUCGACGAUGGAUAUUCUGCAGAUAGUGGAAAAUUUGCGUAUCCAAGACGAGCUCUACAAUCAGGAGCAGACAACGCAUUGCAGGUGACGUUGUUCGCAAGAGUUCAAGAUAAUGAUUAUAUAUGCAAUUCCGAUAUUGGAUAUAGUAUAUCAGUCCAUUUACCGAGUACCAUUCCUCAGACAAAAAAGGAUUUUUUUAUUCUUCCACUUGAUACAAAUUCCCAAAUAAUUCUCCAGCCAAAUUUAGUGACAACCUCCAGUACUGUCAAAAAAUAUAAGAUAGAGGAUAGACAAUGCUUUUUUAGCGACGAGAGGAAUUUGGAAUAUUUCGUAACCUACACUCAGGAAAAUUGUUUUCUCGAAUGUCUCACAAAUUACACGUUACAAAAAUGUGGAUGUGUUAACUUCUUUAUGCCCCGUGAAAAUACAACUAGUAUUUGUGGGAACUCACGUAAAGAUUGCCUUGCUAACGCAGAAAGUGAAAUCAAACUAGUCGAAAUAAACGCCCUUCUUGGAAAAGGCAAAGAAUCUAGUUGCAAUUGUCUUCCACUUUGUAAUCAACUCAAAUAUCAAGCUAAUACAUCCAGAUAUCCUUGGAAAUGGAAAGAGCUUUUCCGUGCUCAUAAAAAACUGAGAGAAUUAAUGGAAUACAAUGAAACUUAUAUUCAAAAAGUGCACUAUUCCUCGUUGAAGAUCUUCUUCAGCUCAGACCAGUUCCUGCCAUCCGAGAAAAAUGAACUAUAUGGAAUGUUCGACUUUAUUUCAAACUUUGGAGGACUUUUAGGACUUUUUACUGGUUUUUCUCUUUUAACUGCAGCUGAAAUUGUCUAUUAUAUAUCUAUUAGACUAUGGUGUAACAAGAAAUUGUAUAAUGAUAUCUCUGGACCACCAGAGGAAGAUUGAUCUUAGUUGUGUAAGAUCAACCGGUGAUAAUCGAUAUUUUUUUAAUUUGUUGUUUUUAUCAAACAGAAAAUGUGAGAUGGAUUGUUGAAUAUUUUAACAAAUUAAAAUUAAUUAUUAGC